AGAUCGAAGGUAUAGAUGAAGACAACUCUCGAGUGAUGGUCAAACUCACCAUUAGCCAGCAACUCAUCUCGAUCAACAAAUUCCACCUUCAGCUUGUAAGCAAAACAGAUUAUGAGAAAAAUGCCAAAAUUUUAAAUAAGGCAAAGGUAGACGACUAUUAUGCAGAAGAAAAGAAAAACAAGUCACAUAGAAAUGUUUCACCAGAGUCCAGUAGAGAAAACUAUGAACACAAAAAAAGAGACAGGAAGUGGCAACGAGAAGGGGACUCCAAGGACAAAUCUAGAGAUGCUGACAGGAAACGUAAAUAUGAAGAUGAUAAAUCCGAGUCUCAUACAAGUAAGAAGUCCAGUAGCAAAAGUUCCUCACACACAGAUUGCUGGCUCCAUCCACUGCUCAGGGUUAGAAUAGUUGAUAAACACUACAGGAAGGGGAAGUACUACAAUAUGAAGGUUGAAGUAGUGGACGUUGUGACAACAAAUACAUGUGUAUGUAAGACAGAACAGGGCAAAGUGCUUGAAGAUCUGUCUCAGUCCAUGGUCGAAACUGUGAUCCCUAAAGCUGAUUCUGCUCAUGUGAUGAUUGUCAGUGGGAAGUACAAGGGGCAGCUGGGAGAAAUUAUCAAAAAAGACAAAUCAAAGUGCACCACCACAGUACAGUUGCUGAGCAGCAGAGACAAGGCUGUUAAGUUACACUUUGACAGUGUGUGUGAAUACCUGGGAGAUGUCAAUACUGAGCCAGACUUCUAGCAGAGAAUACUCAGUAGACAUGGUACAAAUGUAUAAAUCCCCAGCUCUGUCAUAUGAAAGGAAAUGAACUGCAAGCUAAUAAAAUUUUUAAUUUUAAAUUAAAGGACACUGAGAACUUAUUGUCCAUCAACCAAGUUGAUACUGGUUUUUACUUGCACAUGAACUAUAUCAGUUGGAAAUGCCUCAGUUGCAGGACUUCAGAUGACUACCUCAUCUUUGUUGGAUGUAUGUAUAUUUUAACUGGUAAUUCAGGCAUUUGAUUGAGAAUUCUGACGUAGUUCUUUCUUUAGUGAAGAAAUUAAGUUAAUGAUUAAAUUAUUUGCACAGGCUAUAUACAGGUGUUUUAACAAAAAGUGAAUGGAACCUUCAAAUGGAUUAAUCAAAACAAUUUUUGUUAGAACUGAAAAAUAUUAAAGAAUAUUAGGAAACCUAUAAUAUUUAUUCACCUGCCUUGCAAUGAAAAUUGUAUUUACAUUAGUUAAUAUGUACAUUAAAAUAUUUUUGUAAGCCAAAAUUAGAAAUCAUUUUUGGUUUCUUCCUGAAAGUGGAUUGAAAUUUUAGUUGUUAAGUUUUGUACUAAUCACUGUGUUUGUCAUUUUUAUAUAAAUCCACAUUGAAUUUUAUGACUAA